AAGUUUUGACAGGAAGGAUUUGCGACUGCGCGCAAAAAUUGUCCGGCAAGGUUUUUCUGUGUUUUUCAGUGCAAAAAAUUAGCUUAUUUCAUGUGCAUAAAAGGCAAAAGUGUCUGUAAAUUGUUGCCGUAGCCCUGCUGCAAUCAACUAUGUAGUUUUGCAUCUGGUUUUAUUGGUUUCUUUGGGGGUUUCUGGUCGCCUUUGCAUCCUUCGAUGGUCACCGAGUGGACCGGGUGUAUGGGAUUUAGUUGCUCCAUCGCAUUUUAUUCACAUGUAGCUCUUGCUGCUUUUUGCAAAGCAUAAAAAGAGCGUUUUAGUUGAGAAAAUUAGCGAUGGACGAUUCAUCUCUUUGCCAAUCCAUUGGGAAACACUUUGAAAGUAUCCGGAGUAGUCUUGAGCAAAGUUGCGACACUUUGGAAAAAAGCCAGUCAGAUCUCUGUGCCAAAGAUAGUGGAAUUCCUUUUGAUGAACGCGUAGACAGCGUCCUAACAGUCCUCCGCGAGAUUCAAGGAAAAAUCACCAAGACCAUCGAUCGUGCCACAACAUCUGUGAGAACCUCCAUUGGAGAGUGGAAAGGCAAUUGCAAAACAAUUACAAUUAAUGCGAAAGUAAAAGAGGAGAGUACAAAUAAGGGUCAAGAAUCUGAGGAGAAUAGUGACGGUGAUAAGCCAAAAAUUCGUGUGAUUGCUCUUGAGAAGCUCCAAGAUCCGACACUUCUCUCCAAUAAUCGAUUACCGAAAUCUCGAUUGAAGCAGAGACCCACCGCUAUUCCGCAGAAGCUCAAUAAGAGCUCAAUAGUUAUCUCUGAUUCAAGUGACGAUGAGCCUAUCCACGUUCCCCUAAAGAGCACCCCGCGCGUAGUGAGUUCUGAAGUGGAAAAGCACGCAAAGAGUGUCAAAGUUCAGGUAAAAGCUCUUCCGGAAGAUCUUGCGGUACUCAAACGUCAACAUAAAGUCACGGAGAUUCGCAAUAGCCACGGUGCAUUGAUUGAGAAGCUCUCAGAAGCAGCAAAGGAACCCAUAAAGCUAGUGAUCAAAAAUCCUUCGAAGCGAUCAGACAAGUCCACUGAAGAUAAGGAUUCAGACGGAGAGGAAAGUUCCUCUGACGAGAUCAUGAACGGAAAGAAAAAGAUCACCAAGAGGGUGGAUAAGAGAGUUUCCUCCGAGGAUAGUACGGCGGGGAACAAGGAAACUUCCGAAAAGAACCCAGACAAAAGGGAAUCUUCUGAGAAGAGUUCAGAGAAGAAGCAGGAAACUUCAGAGGUGGAAAAGAAGAAACCGUCAAAGGGAUUAAAAGAUUCUGACGAGGAAGUUCCUAUGUCUGAGAGUGAGAGUAAGGUGGGAGAGAUUAAUGGGAAAGGGAGUGAUGACAGAAAUAGUGAUAAUAGCACAGAUAGUGAGAUUAUUGUGAGCAGGAAGAAGAGGAAGAGGGCACAAUCCAACUCUACGAAAGGCUCCAAUUCAUCCACAGAUUCUGAUUCAGUGACAAAACCAACACGAAAGCGUCGUAUAAAGCGUCCCAAGAACAGUGAUUCGAGUGAUGAUGAGAAGAAGACGGAGAAGAGUCCGGAUAAGAAUAAGCGGAAGAACAUUAGAAAAGUCUUAAAGGAUCGCGAUCUUGAGGAUGAUACGAAGAAAGCAGCUCGGGAGGAAUCUGAGAGGAAGAAGAGAAUUGAGGAGCGACAGAAGAUGUACAAUGAGAUAUACGAAGUUAAGGAUGGAGAUGCAGUGAAGGAACUCGAUAAGGUUGUCUUGGAUUUUGAGGAAGAAUCCAAAGAGGACCUCCUGUCGGUGCACAAAGAUCUCGUGAAGAAGCUGAAACCGCAUCAGGGAAUGGGGAUAAAGUUCAUGUGGGAUGCUUGCUUUGAAACACUCGAACGAUCGACAGAGAGUGAUGGAUCAGGGUGUAUUCUGGCGCACUGCAUGGGCUUGGGGAAGACACUCCAGGUGAUUGCUUUGACGCACACACUGCUGGCGAACAGUGAAAAGACGGGUGUGCAACGCGUACUCGUCAUCUGUCCACUGUCGACGGUGCUCAAUUGGGUGAAUGAGUUCAGCAAGUGGCUGGAUGAUGUGAGUGAUAGUGAGGAUAUUGAUGUAUACGAAUUGUCCAAGCAGAAGCAGAACAACGAUCGUGCCAAUGUGAUCCGUCAGUGGCACACGGGUGGUGGGGUACUUGUGAUUGGGUAUGAUCUCUUCCGGAAUUUGUCCAAUGAGAAGAAUCGCAACAUUAAGAAGAAAGCCCGGGAAUCCAUUCAAAUGGGUCUCAUUAAUCCCGGCCCAGAGCUCGUCAUUUGCGACGAGGGGCAUCUGCUGAAGAAUGAAAAGACCUCCCUAAGUAAGGCAGUCAAUAAGAUUCGUACCCUCAGACGUAUUGUUCUCACAGGAACGCCUCUGCAGAAUAAUCUCAAAGAAUAUUACUGCAUGGUGCAGUUUGUGAAGCCCAAUCUUCUUGGGAAGUACAACGAGUACAUGAAUCGUUUCGUGAAUCCCAUCACAAAUGGUCAGUACAUUGACUCUACACCGCGUGACAUUCAAAUAAUGAAGCGGCGUUCGCAUGUUUUGCACAAAAUGCUCGAUGGAUGCGUCCAGAGACGAGAUUAUAGCGUUUUGGCGCCUUUCCUACCACCGAAGCACGAGUAUGUUGUAUUCAUAAGACUGACAGAGCUGCAGAUAAAGCUGUACAAGUACUACAUGGAGAACAAAGCGAGGAGUGCCGAUGAAGGUGGAUCAAAGAGGACAUCCAUCUUAUUUGCAGAUUUUCAGAAUCUUCAGCGUAUCUGGACACAUCCACGUGUUCUCAGGUACAAUAGUGAUAGAUAUGAGAUCAAUCAACAAAAGAAGCGUGAUCUCAUGGAUGACACAGAUGAAUCAGUGGGAUCCUUGAAGGAUUUCAUUGACGAUGAAACUUCCUCGGCGGCUUCGAGUGAUUCAGACAGUGGAUCAAGCAACAGUUCUGCAGAGAAAAAGCCCGUGAAGAGAACAACGAGAAAUAGCAGAAUGCUCAAUAAUGAACCUCUGUUUGAACCAAGCCAAGAACAAAUGAAGAUAGAAAAUCCCACUGAAUGGUGGGUAGACAUGGUUCCGGAAAGUGAUUUGGAUAAUCUCAAAGUAUCCGGCAAGCUGAUGAUGCUCUUCUCAAUUCUCGAGGAAUGCGAGGCAAUUGGUGACAAAUUGCUUGUCUUCUCGCAGAGUCUCUUUUCCUUGGACGUGAUUGAGCACUUCCUCUCGCUUGUGGAUGACAAUGAGCAGGCAAAGAAAGUAAAUCCCCUUCUAGCGGGCUUUGCGGGAUCGUGGUCUCUUGGCUUGGAUUACUUCCGCCUGGAUGGGUCGACGGCAAUUGAGCACAGGAAUGCAGCGAUAAAACAAUUCAAUCAAGUUGACAACCACCGUGCCAGGCUAUUUCUCAUCUCAACACGUGCCGGUGGUUUGGGUGUUAAUCUCGUGGCGGCAAAUCGUGUGGUGAUCUUCGAUGCCUCCUGGAAUCCAUCCCAUGAUGUUCAGAGUAUUUUCCGUGUAUACCGUUUUGGGCAGGUGAAGCCGUGCUACAUCUACCGCUUCCUCGCUUUGGGCACGAUGGAGGAGAAGAUCUAUGAGCGGCAGGUGACAAAACAAGCCAUAUCGAAGCGUGUAAUUGAUGAGCAGCAAAUUGAUCGGCACUACCGUGAAAAUGAUUUAAUGCUCCUCUACAAUUACGAUUUGGAACCACAAGAGCCACGGGAGACGCCAAAUUUGCCCAAAGAUCGUCUCUUUGCUGAUAUGCUGACCAAGUAUGAGGAUUUAAUUUACAAAUACCACGAACAUGAUUCACUGCUGGAGAACAAAGAAGAGGAGACACUCAAUGAGGAGGAACGACGAGCUGCAUGGGAGGAGUAUGAGGCUGAGAAGAAGCGUGUUCCCGUCAUCAAUUAUGGCAUGAUGGGUAGUGGAUUACCAAUGGGGACAUUCAAUGUGGGAAAUGUUGGAAGAGCUGCAAUGACCGGGCAUGUAACAUCCAACAACUACUUUGGAUUCCGCGGGGAUAUUUUCCUGCGACUUUUGGACCUCAAGACGCGUCAGGAUCAUCCGGAAUUCGAUGAGAUGCAAAUUAAAGCCUACAUUCCAGUCCUUGUGCAGCAAAUGUACAAUGAGGUGUCCCGAGGAGACAUGACAACCUACAAUGAUCUGAUUGUGCUGCAGCAGGAACUGAUUGAUGCCCAAUCGCCACAGAUACCCAACAUCUAUCAAAACUACAAUUCACAGUACAUUGCUGGAUCAUCGGGCAACCUUAUUAAUCCCUACCAUCCCAGUUUCAAUCAGAAUCGUCAAAACUUUGGACAGAAUAACCAACUGAGUGGAAACAACUUCCCAUCCGAUAAUGGGGUCAUUAACAUAGAUUAGACACACAAAAAGAAUCACACAAUGAUUUUUCCUAAAUGAUUUUAUUCGCAAACAAAUUUCCUUUUUUGGUAUUUUAUUCUAUAAAGUUAUUUCGAAUUUAAAAUUAAGUAAAUUAAUGAUUAAUUUGAUUAAUUUACAUAAAUGAUGUAAAACAUUCAGACUACAAGUUAGUGAAAUCUUCCUUUUUUUCGUUAUAUAAGCUCGUAAAUAUUGAAUUAAAAAAAGAUAAAUUGGAUGGCUAGUAAAAGUAAUAAAAGUGCACAAACUACAAUUAUUUUGCAAUUUGACGACAAAGAAAAAGAUCUUUCUCAUUGCGUCUUCUUUAUUUCAACAACACAUCUCUUGUUUUGUCCUAUUCUAUUAGCUCAUUUAUAGUAGUUUAGAGAUUUCGCAAAUUUUACUUUAAAUGACUUAUUAUGUAAAUGUGGAUACUUUGGUAUUUUUUUUUUGAAAAAAAGAAGAAAAAACUUUUUAUUAGAAAAAUAAACAGAGAUAUGAAAUAAAAUUCAAUGUAGUUAAUUUAAUAAAUUAUACUCUUAAGGAUAAAUAAAGUAAUUCACAACACAA